AUGUUUGAUCAUUUUGCUCAAGGCCAGCCUACUGCACCUCCACCUCCUCCACCAAAAAAGGAACUCAAAUUUGAUAAAGGAUAUGUUAAAACCACACCUGGUAUUCUGAAAAUUGUUGAAGUGGUAUGUAACCUUAUUGGGUUCAUAUGCAUCAAAGUAUCAUGGUCAUGGAUAUCGGCUAUAUUUUAUAAUAUCCUGUAUUGGAUCGGCAAUAUAAUAACAAUAUUCCUGUUUCUCAUGUACUUGUUUCACUUUGUUGAGAAGUAUGACAAUCUCCCGUGGCAAAAGUUACAAUUUCUUUAUUGUUCUGCGAUGAGUUUGGCUUAUAUUGGCACAUCUAUAUUUGCUACUACCAUAGGGGAGAGUGUUGGCUAUGCAGUUGGGUUCUUUGGCCUCUGCGCUAUUGUGACUUAUGCAAUCGAUGCAUACAUGAACUACAAAGCCUGGAAACGAGGGUUGCCAGCACAAUGA